AUGUUGCUUGACUUUUAUCAAAACAUUCCACAAGACAUCCAACUUUUUGCCCCAAAAUUUAAAGGUGUUUUACAAGCUGCAAAUAGUGGCGAAGUUACAUUAAACAAACGUUAUAGUCCCAGUUUUAGAGAACAAGAUAACAGACAAGGGCACAGUACAAAUAAAAAAAAGAGGGAAGAUGUAUUAAGAAUGAAAGUUUGUCGUGAUAAUACAUUAACCGGAGCAUUAAAACCAGGAAUGCAUUUGGAUAAUAUACCAAACAGACAGUAUUUUCUUUUGUUGGAGAAUAUAACAUCCCAGUAUUCUCAUCCAUGCAUACUGGAUCUUAAAAUGGGGACCAGGCAGCAUGGUGAUGAUGCAUCUGCUGAAAAACGUAGCAAGCAAAUUGCAAAGUGUGCUGCCAGUACAUCAGCCUCAUUGGGAGUUAGACUAUGUGGAAUGCAGGUUUAUCAAGCUGACACGGAUCAUUACGUGAAAAGAGAUAAAUAUUGGGGGCGGCAAUUAAACGAAGAAGGUUUCAAAGCCGCAUUGUAUCGAUUUUUCCAUAAUGGUUUUUGUUUACGAACGUUGGUUAUUGAAAAAGUAGUGUCGCGGUUAGAACAACUGCGACGCGCUAUCGAAAGACAAAGUAGCUACCGAUUUUAUGCGUGUUCAUUGUUAGUCGUUUACGAGGGUCAAAUGAAUUUUCCACAAUUUGGUAAUUCAUCAUCCGUGUUACAAGUAGACGAAGAGUCGACCAGUUCUAGCGCCGUGAGUGACGGCCCUCAUACGACAGAUGGAUGUUACGACGGUGACAUAAGUAACAGUUCCACAGAGUACAAUGUUUCGAUCGAAGAGGAAAUCGGUAAUACUACUACGUUGCACAAAGGAUUUAACGAAGGGGCCAAAAAUAUCACCGGUUUUUACCCGACAAGCGAGGAGACAGUUUUCGUCGAUCCUGCGGACAGUUUGAUAGACAGAGUACUUCAGUCUCCAAGAUACUCCGAGAAAGAAUGGAUGGUAUAUGGCAGUUCGAAUGAUGAAUAUUGCUACGAACAAAGUUCGGACAAUGACACGCAAGAUACUAGUUCCGACAUCGAAAUUAGCUCCGGAUCGAAGCGACAGAAACACGAACAUCAAUUAUUUCACGUUUACGACAGUGAAGGUAGAAUACAUGGGGAGCUUGGAUGUACCGAUGUGUCGAAUAGAUACACAUCUUAUUCCUAUUCAAAGAAAAUGAAACCGAAACCUCAAGAUGCACAGGUUGAUGUGAGAAUAAUCGAUUUCGCGCAUACGUCUUUCGUUCACGGUUCUACCUGCAACUCGACUUCCAUGGUGUAUCAGGGACCUGAUUCUGGUUUUCUAACUGGUCUUGAUAGCUUAAGACGACUUCUUCUGGAAAUUUUAACCGAGGGUUAAUUUAAGCAUUAAACAAGAAUCUCGAUAGGAACACGAGAACACCAAAUUUUCUCGCUCACGCUACCAACAGUGACGAUAAAGUUCUGUCAUAUAAUGCGACUUGUAAAUAUGUAUUUCGAACUUAUCAUUUUAUGUAAUUAUAUUUUGAUGACGAGAACGUACGUGAGUGAAGUGUGUGUGUGUGUGUGUGUGUGUGUGUGUGUGUGUGUGUGUGUGUGUGUACGAAUCUUACAAAAGUGUGAUGGAAGUGAAAAGUGAACGAAAUUCACAAAGUAUUACGUAAUUCACAGAUAAGUAUACGAACCAUGUACAAUAUUCUGCGAUAGAAUCGAGUGUUAUAUGGUUUCUGUAUGUAUAUAAUGAUUCUUAAUACAAAAAUAUUGGUAAAACCUACUUUAAAGAAA